AUGAUUUCCAGUUCAUCUUUCAUCCUCGACUUUUUAAUCUUAACCUACGCGGUUUGCGCUUCUCCUUUACCUCGCUCUGCCGCCGUGGAUCCAACUUCCAAUACUGGUCUUAGUCAUCAGGUACUCUCUGCGAUGGUGGUCGGUCUCUGCAUUUCCAUCUUUGCUGUGUCAUUAUUUCUUGCAGCUUCGGGAUGCAAAUUUUAUCGCCGACGUAUGUCUACGAACGUAUCCACCACGCGCGCGCCUUAUCGUAGUGAAGAUAAUAAUAAUGAUGAUGGCUUACAAAUGCAGCCUGUCCCGAGCCAGAUCCCACUUACAAGGGUGGAUACUCUUCCUCGUUAUGACCCUCGUAUACUACCGGCAUAUUCACUCGGCCUUCGUCGGGACUCCGUGCCUCCAGCCCCCCCGUUCCCUGAACGUCCUGCUACACCACCCCCAGCACACACUAAAUAG